AUGGACUUUGAAGAAUAUAGACUUAGAGGAAAAGAAAUGGUUGAUUUCAUUGCUGAAUAUCUUAAAACGAUUCGGUCUAGGAGGGUGUUCCCGGAUGUAUCUCCAGGUUAUAUGCGCACACUCGUGCCGGAAGCUGCUCCCGAGGAGGGAGAAAAAUGGGAGGAUAUUUUCAGAGACAUCGAGCGCGUCAUAAUGCCUGGCGUGACACACUGGCAGAGCCCCUACAUGCAUGCUUACUUUCCUGCCCUGAACUCCUUCCCUUCCUUACUAGGAGACAUGUUAGCAGACGCCAUUGGUUGUCUUGGAUUUACAUGGGCUUCUAGUCCGGCUUGUACAGAGCUGGAGACUAUUGUAAUGGACUGGCUGGGCAAAAUGAUUGGGUUACCAAGCGAGUUCCUUCACAGCAACAAACAGAGCAGAGGUGGCGGUGUCAUUCAGUUGACGGCUUCUGACUGUACGUUCAUCACGAUGUUAGCAGCGAGAACAGAGGCAUUUCAAAAUUACAGAAAAAUAGACCCAAACAUCGACGAAGCCGAAAUUAACGCGAGACUUGUGGCCUAUUGCUCUGAUCAGGCGCACUCCUCUGUGGAAAAGGCGGGGCUUAUUUCUUUGGUGAAAAUGCGUUACCUUUCAACGGAUGAUGAAUUGAGUUUGCGUGGCCACACCCUCCAAGACGCCAUAGCACGUGACAAGGAAGAUGGACUCAUUCCAUUUUAUGUGUGUGCUACACUUGGAACCACAGGAGCAUGCGCAUUUGAUAAUAUUAAAGAACUUGGAGAAAUCUGCGAAAAAGAGGGUUUAUGGAUGCACAUUGAUGCGGCUUAUGCUGGUACAGCCUUUAUUUGCCCGGAAUACCGGUCAUAUAUGGAAGGAAUCGAACUCGCAAGCUCAUUUGCCUUUAAUCCGUCCAAAUGGAUGAUGGUUCAUUUUGAUUGUUCUGCCAUGUGGGUUAAAGACUGUAGGGCUCUACACAGAACAUUCAACGUGGACCCCUUAUACUUAAAACACGAGAAUUCAGGUGCUGCCAUUGACUACAUGCACUGGCAGAUUCCUCUAAGCAGGCGAUUCCGAGCCCUAAAGCUAUGGUUUGUGAUCCGCUCCUUUGGGAUAGAAGGUCUUCAAAAGCACAUCAGAGAAGGAGUCAGACUUGCUACUAAAUUUGAAAAUCUUGUCAGAAAAGAUCAAAGAUUUGAGAUUCCAGCCGCUAGAACUUUAGGAAUGGUUGUUUUCCGAUUAUGGGGUGAAAAUGAAAUGACGGAAACCUUGCUGAAAAGACUGAAUAAAUCCGGAAAAGUCCACAUGGUUCCAGCCUCUUUGAAAGGAAAAUAUGUCAUCAGAUUUACGGUGACAUCUCAAUACACCACAGACCAAGAUAUUGAGCGGGAUUGGAAAAUAAUUUCAGACACCACCACUAAGGUACUACAAGACACAGAGUCGGAGGAAGAUGAAGCCUAUAGCGAUGAGGAGGUAUCCAGUCCUGAAGUGGAGGAGAAACAGUUUGUCAGAGUUCCGUCCAUUAAAAAGCGAGAGUACGGUAUGAGUCUGCUUUUAAGUAACGUCCCUAUGUCCCCAAAACUAAUCAACGGAAGUUUCGCAGCUUUGUUUGAUGACAACGAGGCUAUGGAGGAAGUAGCCAAACAAAUUUCUGCCGACAACGCUGAACACCUUAUCCCUCUGUCACCAAGGAGACGCAAACUCAGGGACCAAUCAAAACAGCAAAGUCUAGACCAGACAACCAUGACUGAGUAUUUCCUAAGCAACUCUUAUAAACACCAGGGGUCGCUCGAUUCUAAACUUGAUGAAAUAAUCAACAAUCCUUCAUUCUCAGAAAUGCGCAUGAAUGGAACUCAGAUGGAUGACGUAUUUGAGUCGGAAGAGGAGCAUGGACAAAGUCAACAAAUCAUGGAAGCAAAGCAUAAAUUCUGUCCAAUAGAAUCUAACGAUGACGUUUUCUACAACGAAGAGGGAACGCAGACCGAAAAUAAUCGAAACGGAAUAAGUUCAGAACCAAAUAAAAAGUUGACAAUAUUGCAACGUAAGAAUCCCAACAUACGGCUUCAGAUACCGGAUAUGAGCGUUUUGAGCAUGCGCAAUAUCUGUCCUCAUUGUGGAAGCCGUGCUAGCAUGUCAUAAAUUUAUUUUUUCGAGGACAGAAAGUUUGACCUGUAUAAUUCAUUUUCCAUUCACUUUUUGUUGCCUAUAUAGAUAUAAUGUACAGUA